AUGAGCUCUUUUGAUAUACAGUAUGUGUGCAGAGGCUACAGUUAUCUCUUCCCUCGAGUUGAAUUAAGGUGAGUUUUAGAACGUUGCUUGUUCGUUUGCAGUUCUACUGAAUUCGUAGAAAAUAUUGCUGAUCAAGCUGUGCAUUUAAUUGACAAUGGGCCCUGUGAUCUAUGUUUACGUCACAUAGAUGAAAGGUACCUCCAGUUUCAACGUUUUUUCUUUUGUUUAAAAAUAUGAUAACAAUAAUAAAAAAGACAUCAAGCUGUUGUUGCAGGAUAAGAGAUCGUUAAGAGAAUUCCUAUUCAGAGAUCACAAGGCCCAUACAAUGGAUUAUGACACUUAAUUAUUAUUAUUUUUAAGCUUAUUCUUAUUUAUUUUUGCCAGUGUUGGCCGGAACUCCUCUUCUUUGACAACACUACCUGUUAUUCCAGUCUUAUGCCAUUUCACCAUACUAAGUGACUACCAAGAGAAUGGGCAAAUUCUGUAUUGCAAUGUACAAUCCCAGUUUGAAAUGGACUAUUGCAUAAUUGAUAUCAGCACUCCCCCUUAGCUUCGUUAAGGAAGUGAGCAAAGAUCAAUGGAAUUCUCUAGGGGUAUAUUGUAAUAGUUUUGGAAGUCCUUGAAGAAUAGUCUUAAACAUUGGAGUUAUUCAGGGUAAACAAAGAAUUCAUGGAAUUUUAUUAAGAAAAAAAGGUACUGUUCAAUAAGUUCCCCAGGGGUAAAUUCAUAUCUUAAGGAAGUCUCCCGGGUGAAUGCAGUCUAAUAGAAUUCGUCAGGAGUAAGAAGGAAGUUUAUUAUAUGUUGUCAACCGGGAAGAGGGUGUGGCUAUUAAAUGUGAUAGCCCAAUUUUUUACUGCCAUAAUGAAGGAGGACAAAGCACACACAAUGACUGCACGCAACAGCUUGCAAGGACUGGACAAAGCAAACAUGAUGUGAUUUUAUUUAGUUGGAUAGUAAACCUUUUAUUCAAUGGUUUACAAUGUAAAAGUAUAAUGGACAUGGGUGUUUUGCCCAUUGCUCGCCUAUACAUGAAACCAUCCAACACAUGAUUGAUAGAAUUCACAUAAAAAAAGUUAUUCAAAAUAACUAAGAAUCACGAAUCACCAGUGCCACUAACAAAAGGAGGGAUAGAACAAUCUGUUAGUAUGCCAAGUUGUGACGGUUUCUUUUUGCAUUACCUUGUAUUAAUUUGGUUUUUUCUGGCUUGACUGUUCAUUAGCGACAGGCAUGUGUCUCAUUGUUUGUGAUAAAUAAACAAUUUUUUUCCUCUGAAAGGAUUCAUCAAAGAGAAUAGAUUCUCCUAAGGCUUAAAAUUCACAUCCAAUUUCUUUCUUAGAUCCUUGGAAGUUAUAAAAAUUGGCAAUUUCUUCAUCUCUAAGUUAUUAUUUUUUUUUGGUAACAGCUGAAAAAAAAGUUCUGUCUCUGCUGUUUAUUGAACUGAUCAAACCAGAGAAAGAAGCUUUCAAUGUAUGUCAAGUUUUAAAUUGACACAAUAUUUCUAGUACCACCACAAUAACCUAAUCAAUACUUUGUUACAGGUGUAAUUGUUAUUUUAUAUUAAUGUAAUAUAAGGUUUCUUGAAAGAAUAAUUGCUUCAACUACCGUAAAAAGGGUGAAGGUUUUUGCUCACAGCAGGAAGACUUGUUUUGAUAUCACAUGAGUUUAAGUGUUUGUGUUUUUCUGGUUGCAUUCAAAGCACAACCAUUUUGUUGUUGGAUGGAAUGCAGAUUCAGGGAUAUUAGCACAAUCUGGAUGGUACCACUCACAGCAUCCACAACACUUGACAUAAGCAGCGUUGUUGUUAGGCAAUCACCAUGGGCAGUAAAUAGUUACAUUUUUGCCUACCACAGGAUGAACAAGCUCAACUGUAUCAUCAGUUGGUGGGAACUCGGUCAUCCUCCAGGCAAGGCUCCAGGCAAUCAACAAGGUGCUGGCGCAUGGCUCUCUGGUCAUCUCUUGGUGGUGGGGUCACCACCAUGGCAUAG